UCGGGGAGGUGAGGGUUUCAGAACUUAACCGUCUGCGGAGCGCUCUGCAGAGCCAGCGCACAACACCAAAGCUGCAACAAUAGAAUGCAAGAAGAGGUUUGGGCUGCGGGGGAGUGGACACUUGCGUUUGCGGGCUGGGGGUUGGAGCGCGCAGGUAAGAGUUCCGAAAGUUUUCUUUCGGGCUGGGGGAGGGUGGAGGAAGCCACAGGUUCCCGACUGUCAGAGAUGCAGGGAUGGAGGGAUGGGGCCUGGACCACUAGGUAAGAGUCGGCCGUCCCGACCGCCCCUUGCAGCCUCACGACCCACCCAGAACCGCCUAUGCAGUGCUGGAGCUCUGUGAUCCCCCUUCCCACUUAACACCCACCCCCCUACCCCUUCUCAUUGUGUUCGAUUAGAAAGGGGAACGCGAGCCCCCGGAGCUCCUCAGACCCAGCAGUCCGCCCCGCCUUUUGUGUUUUAACCUUUUGUUUCUAGCUGCCACGCCCGCCCAAAAGAGGGAUGGCUGAGGCUGCUCCUGCGGGGUGGAGAGGCAGCGCGAUUCCCUCCUGAUUUACAGGCUGGGGGAGACUCCCCAGCCGCUCUCCCAAGUAGCCUGGCUUUGCAGUCUCUGUAGGCCGGUUCCUGCUCAAGUGAGGGGACCACUCCAGAACUAGUAAACAUGUCCACUUGUUAUGAAAAUUUUCAGCGCUUGCCCACUUUCUCGAAAAAGUUGUUUAUCUGUCCCAUCACUUGGGGAAUAGACAUUUAGGGACAAAGAUGGGAGUGUGUCAAAAGUGGGCAAAUGUAGUUUGCUCUGGCUGUUACCAUGUGCUUGAAUAUUAGGAAUGUGUGGAACAGGCUUCUCGAAUUCAACAAUGCAAAUUGAGGUCAUUAUCUUCAGGUGCAAUUAUUAUUAUCAGCAUCUAGAAAGCAUCACACGGAGCAUUGACCUUCAUGCUGCAUUGUUCUUACUGGAUCCUCCUAUCCGUGAACAUUAUGCCAAGUACCAAUACAGCAUCAAGUCAUUUCUGGAUGGAAAGUUUUCAAACUUCUUCAUUUGGAGUUACUUAAACGUGAGGGUGUUGGGAUUUUUGAGGAUGCCUUCCCUAUGUGGAUUAUUACAGUUUGAUGACUGAUUCUCUGCCUCAAAGAAGAUUAUUUUGCUAUCUGGAAACUCAUGCCCACCUCUUUGACUUCGGGUCAAAAUUGCUUUCCUCACAGUCUGACUGGGAAAGUUGUAAAACAUUAGAAUGUCCUUCAGCGGUGGGCUGUGGAAUGUCAUUACUCUCAGGUGACUACGGAAGCAUUAGCACCCUGCAUGCUCAGGUGGCCCCCACUCCUACGGACACAGCUCUUUCACCUAUACGGUUUUCUUCUGUAUUUCCUGAUAUAAGUCUCCCCCUGACCCCACUGGAAUGCAUGGAUUUGCAUUUGUUCUUCCAGGAGUGUCUAACUGGAUGUCCUCUGCAAAUUCAUCAAAUGUGCCAUCUUUUCCAUCAUGUGGUCAUCCCUGGGAUCAUCAUCGAACAUCGUUCUCCACCACUCUGGUCCAUGGAUGGUUGUUCUCUUUUGUCCAUUCCAUCAAAUGUCCUGAACACUGUCAGAAGAGGGAAAAGGCUAAUGGAGCUGUUAAGUCUAAGUAUGACUGCCAAGAUGAAUCCAAAAAAGCCAAAGAGCCUGAGCAUGUCAGACCUUCCUGCAGCCUGCCACACACACUUAAAACCCCAGGGAAAUGAGUGCGGCUCAGGAGGGGGGAAGAGCGCCAACCAGCAUUGGAACCUCAGAAAUGCAAUCUACUCUGAGCUUCUGCUUGCCUCUUUGUCAGGCCGGGAAUGCUUCCUGUCUGCAAGCUGGUCAGAAAUGUAA